GCAUCAGACAGAGAGGAGAGAGAGCAAGAGAGGGGACGAGGUAGAGACUGCAGGGACAGAUGAAAGGACAGAGAGAAGAAAACAAGGAGUGAUGGUGUGACCAGAGAGAGGGACGAGAGACACUGACUCUGACACUGGAGAGAGAGAGAGAGAGAGAGAUAAGAAGACAGAGGCUUUAACAUUUGUCAUCUGGGCCUGUUUCUGCGUGUGUCUCUGUGAGAUCAGCUGAUUAUAACACACAGUUUGGAGGGCGGAGCCAUGAUGGGCAAGGAUUACAUGUUGGCCAUCAUCAUUGUCAACUAUGAAGACAACAUCUGGACUGACCAGAACCUGCUGCUGGACUCAGACCUUCCCUCUGGCUGGAGAACUAUCAAAGACUCGACAGGAACUUACUACUGGCAUGUUCCUACCGGCACCACCCAGUGGCAACACCCCAGCGUAACCGGGACACCAGAGGCCCCCGAUACACAGAAGGAAGCUGGACAGCAGGACCCCAGUGGACAGACGGACAGUCCCACUGAGGACAGGUCUUCAUGGCAUGAAGAUUAUCUGACCAAUCAUGACCCUGACUCAAAGUGUUUUGCAGUGCGUUCACUGGGCUGGCUGCAGGUGGAGGAGGAGGACCUGUCUCCAGGCCGAAGCAGUCUUGCUGUCAGUAACGUGAUUCAGCAGCUGUCUCACUGCAGCAGCCCCGAGCAGAGAGACAGACAGGGAGCGUGGGGGGAGGGUCAGGAGAUGAUGCUAGUCCUGAAGAAAGACACUCUGACUCUUUUGGACCCUUUAGACCACACCCCCCUCCACUGUCAGCCAAUCAUAAACAUUCGUGUGUGGGGAGUGGGCUGCAACAACGGCAGGGACAGGGACUUUGCCUUCGUGGCGGGAGAUAAAGACAGCUGUAUGCUGAAGUGUCAUGUGUUUCGCUGCAACACUCCGGCUAAAGCCAUCGCUACUGCUCUGCAUGACAUGUGCUCGAAGAUGAUGUCAGAGAAGUCGCUGAUGAGACCGACUCGCUCACUGACCAUGGAGAGUAUAUCACCUGAAGACCUGCCCAGACAAGUUGAGUUUCUGGAGGCAGUGCAGCAGCAGGUCCAGAAGUUUGAGGUUCAGUAUAUUGGUAACCUGCCAGUGUCCAGAGCCAUGGGGAUGGAGGUGUUGAACCGAGCCAUUGAGAGCAUCUUGAACUCCACAGACAGAGAGGACUGGGAACCGACCGUGAUCCACGUCACAGAUAACAUCCUGUCGCUGUGGCGAGGACAGGAUGGGGAGGAGCCGUUCUGGGAGUGUCAGGUGCGCUUCCUUACUUUUCUGGGCGUUGGCCACGACAGCCACACCUUCGCCGUGAUCGUCGACGGCGGCACGCAGCAGUUUGAAUGUCACGUGUUCUGGUGUGAGCCAGAUGCCGGAAUCCUCUCCGAGGCCGUUCAGGCCGCCUGCAUGGUCCAGUAUCAGAAGUGUCUUGUGGCUCAGACUCCUCCGCCGAGGCCCAAGUCGUGGCGUGCAAAUACAUCAAAGGUCAAACGAGCCAACUCCAUGGACAGUGCCACCUUCCCUCCUUUCACGAUGAUGCCGAGGAUAGCCAAGGGUAACGGCAGCACGAGGAAGGGGAUGAUGGCGUUCUUCGAGACCUUUCGCAACAAACAGACCGCCACCUCCUAAUGAUGGAGGCGGGGCCAUCAGAGCCAAACAUCAGCAGAGGCUGGAACUCGAACACUGAACUCAUGGCUCUGAUCGUCCAUGUCCGAUUGCAUCACCAGCAACAGUCGCCUCCUGCUGGUGGGACCUGAAUCGCACCUGUCUGAACUCGUCCUGGAGACGCAGGUUCAUCGCAACCAGAACCAGAACAACCGUCAACAACCACCAGGUGGACAAGUCCUGGAUUCAGGAUCAUGUGAUCGAGAUUUCACUGGAACUGACGAGACAAAAGGACACGUGUCCUAAAAUAUCUGAAAUAUUACUUUAGUCAUAGGAAAAGCCUUAAGUGACACUGGAACUACAUUAAAACCACUGCGUCCACACUGGACAUUGAUGUCAAAGCUAAACAAAGAGCUAUGAUGUUAAUCGAGUGACAUGUUUCCAUGUUUACGUCACAUGUACAGGUUUCCAUGGUUACAGGUGUGAAAAGUACAAUGACAUUUCAAAGUAACGUAAUAUUAUAUGACUAAAGACAAUAAUAAUAAUAAUAAUAAUAAUAAAGAUUAAUGAUGAG